AUGAAGACCACUUAUAUUACGUCCCUCCUCCUGGCUUCUGUCAACAUCGCCCUAGGCAGUCCGAUGCCCAGGGUCGAAGCACGAAGUGUAGAGACGGUCCUCUACAAGCGUGGCGAAGUCCUGAACGAGCGUGAUUUGGAUCUAGCUGCCCGCCACGGGGUUGACGCGAGCGAAAUGUUCCGUCACUCGCUUGUGAAGCGGUCUGAUGGGAAUGAUAUCACCAUUUGGGUGCACAACAGCUUCAACGAAACUCUCAACUUCCACAAGGGAGGUGCUGAAGAGGCUUCGACAUCUGUCAACAAGCGAGCGCAGCGUGUCAAUGUUCCUGGAAACUUCUUUUAUACUGGCCAUUGGUGGCAGUCUCGGUCUGACGCUUGCGGACACAGCAGCUUCCGGAGUCUGACCAGCGCGACUGUGGGGGCUUACACUGGUGGCGUAGAAGAAAUGUCCCGCUGGGGUCAUCGCACCCGAGGCGGCUUUGAGCUUCAUUUCCAAAUCGCGUCGACAAACCCCCUUCUGGUCGUUGCCGGGUCCAACAAUGGUGCUAACGCUGGUUUCUACGCGACAAGAAAUGACAAGCCACACAUGGAGAGGAUGGUCGGCACCUAUGACAUCGGCGACCUCGCGAAGGAUUCCUUGCGCUUCGCCAAGUCCUUCAGCCCCAAUGGCCAAGGCGUUCGCACGGCUGCAACAGGUGACAUGACCUGCAACGCAAACAACUCUGGCAAGGCAGGAGUGACGUGGACUAUUCGCUCUGUUAACCACAGAGCUUAA